UGACAGCAUUUUUAAAAUGGAAGAUAACAUUGACACCAUUUUAUUCCACAAGUCAACAAAGUUUGUGUUCAGUGACAAGUAUAACUCCAAGUUGCCGUGGUGUGCAGCGGGUAUGACGGCUGCAGUGUAUGCAGUGUGGACUUUGUUUGUCUUACCAGGCUUCCGAAAAGUUCCCUGGAAACUAAAGGUUCCUUAUCUACCUUCUGGAAAAGCUCAGACAGCUAACGUGCUGAAACUUUUGCAAGGUCGGAAAGGCCUAUUGGUUGAUCUGGGAUCAGGAGAUGGAAGAUUGGUUCUUGCAGCUGCGUCUCUGGGAUUUCAAGGUACAGGCUAUGAGUUAAAUCCCUUCUUGACAAAUUGGGCCACAGCUAAGGCUUGGUGGAAAGGCAUCUCUCUAAAGACCAGGCCAGUUUCCUCAGGGAGGAUUUUUGGUUGGCUGACCUUUCAAAGUACAAUAAUGUGAUGGUGUUCCUGGCCCCAAAAGUGGUGCAAGAGCUGGAGAAGAAGUUAUCUGCUGAACUUCCUGAAGAUGCCCGAGUGAUUGUCUGCAGAUUCCCAUUGGAUUGGCAGCCAACAUGCACAGAAGGUGCUGGGUUAGAUCAAGUUUGGGCAUAUGAUAUGGUCAAUGUUAGGAAGAAUCCAGAUCACAAAUGA